CUAUUUAAAAUAAUUGUUACAUAGUGAAUAUAGUAGAAGCAAAAGAAAAGAAAAUGUCUAUAAUACCCUCAUGCACAGGGUAAUGAGAUGGAACAAUUUAUAAAGAAACGUAGUUGCCUUUUAAACAAAAUUGCAAUUGCUUGUUAUAAAUUAAAUAUUUGAGCGUUAGUAGCAAUUACGUACAAUCUGAUCUCGAUAAAGCUGCAGAUAAUUGAAAAGCUUUUCUUUUUAAAUAAACAAUUAUCAAAUUAUAAAUAAAAUUAUCGCAGAUUUUCGAAUCAAGUCUGAAAAAAAAGUUUUACAGAGAAAUUGUGCUGUAUAUUCUGGAGUCUGGAUAAUGGGAAGAUUACCUAAUUUCAGACAAAUUGAUUGAUAUUCAAGUUGUUUAAAUAAACGAGAGCUUCUACAAAGAAAAAUGUUGAGCAACUGAAAUAAAUGGACCUAAGGUUUUGUAGGACAAGUUCAACGGAUGUAAAUACGAUACAAAUUUCACCGUUGUUAUCAUUGUCAUCGUCAUCACCACCACCACCGCUUGACGUUCGUAGCCUUUGUAUUCUUCACUUAGAGGGGAUAGAGCCUAAGUUUAGACCCGGCGAGACUCUGGCCGAGUCAGUGUGAAACCACCAUCCUCAGAGAAUCAUUUUCUUCGCGAAAAUCGAAGGUGCUUUCCGCGUGGAAGUUUCGUCGCGUGCGUUUUGGUCGGCGAGAAAGCUCGUCGUACGGUUCGGAAGAACAUUUCCGUCUUCCGCGGACUCGUGACCAAGAAUUUUACAUCUCGCGAAGAAAAAUAUAGAGAGGGAAUCCGAGAGAGAUUAUCACGAUGGCGUACAGCUGGGAUAAUCGCGUUAAUUUCAUAGUGAAAUUUCUGUACGGUUAGUAGAUGCGGAGGAUAUUGCAAGGGUGAUCGGAGUAGAUUCAUCAAGACAGAGGAGGACAACAAUUAGAAAAACGAUGUGGUUGUCGUACGAAGAGGCAGCGCCUAUACACGCUACAAAAUUACGAUUUGAAAAUUGGAAAUGAAUGCUAGAAUGAUGGAAAGAAUUAUGAAAAGAUUACAAGUAAAAGAUAUUGAUAACAACGGGUACUUGGACAAGCAUGAUUUCGAGUGCAUGGGAUUAAGAAUGACGCUGAUCGAAGGCAAGGGCGAGUUCAAUUAUAGUCGGUACCAAGAAAAUCUUCACAUCAUGCAUUCUUUGUGGGAGGAAAUAGCUGAUUUGGCAGAUUUUGAUAAGGACGGCCUAGUAACGAUAGAAGAAUUUAAAAAGGCUGUGCAAAGUAGUUGUGUUGGCCGUUCUUAUAACGAUUUUCCUCAAGCUAUGAAGAUGUUCAUCGAUAGUCACUUUAAAAUACUUGACAUAAAUGAGGACGGCGUAAUUGGUGCUGAAGAAUUUCGAUAUGAUUGUGCUUCAAGAAUUGCUGUAGACAAUGUAGAUGUCCUUGAUAAAGCUUUUCAAAGUCUUUUAAAUGAUGACGACAGAAGACGCGGUGGAUUGACCUUAUCACGUUAUCAAGAAUUAUACGCGCAAUUUCUCGGUAAUCCUGACGACAACUGUCCAGCAAUCUACCUUUUUGGGCCAAUAGGACAAGAGUCAUAACUGAAAUACUCACCGUUUCGAAACGACAUAAAUCUUUAUUAUAAAAAAUUUAUUUUAAUAAAAGAUAAGAAAGUGCCGAGUACGCACUCCUUGAAAAAUAACUGCUGUACAAAAUUAUUAAAAAAAAAUAAAACCCAAGUGGUAGAUAUCUUCGUA